GAAUAGGUUUGUUAAAGAUCCCGCUAGUUGGACAUCCAAAAGCUGUUUCUGAGUAGCAAACUUCCAAGGACAUUCAUUAGAGGCGCUAUGCAUAUGAAUCAACCGUGAAAUACGAUAAGUAUCAACCGUUCAUCACAGAAACAUCGAACGAAAAGGCACGUCUUUUUUAUUGCUGUAGAUGCUGUAAGUUAUUGGUUUGGAUAGUUCCAAUUCCGAUUUGACUGCAAUUGUAAAUCUUGAUACGGUUAAGGGGAAAAUAUGAACAAUACUUGGGCCUAUCGAAUGCCGGAUACAGGCUUCGCGCUGACAAGGCCCGACUGGCAUAUUCGAUGCUGAAAUUGGCCGACUGCAUGCUCGAAAGCACAGGUGUGCAUUUAUCCCAUACCCUCAUCAGGCGCUCGUGUUUUGUACCUCAAGAUAUGGACAGUGUUCGCAUUGACAUAAACACAACACACUAUGGCCCCAAAUGAUUAUAACCUCUAUACUACCAAGCGUGCAGCACAUCAGGAAGCGUGGCAUGUUCCAGGUACUGAGUGGAAUCCAUUCUCAAAGACUACUCGGAGAAGUAGUUCAUUUCCAGCCCAGGUCCAGGGCGAAUUUGCGGCACGCCAGGAGGGGUGGCAUGGUCCAGACAAUACGAGUAAUCGACAUCUAGCCCACAUCCGGCAAGUCUACUUGCAGCCGAAAGUUAUCGACGCUGAGACUAGAUCCAGGAUUGAACGUAUCAAAUUGGAGUAUUGUCGCGAAGGUAAACUACAGGAUACAAAUGAUUUCAACCACAACAAUAGUAAACCACAAAAUGUGGAAGAGCUCUACUGGGAUCCCAUGGGAGAGUUAUCAAACUUUGAAGCCGGGGCGCUUUCGGUGUCAGAAUACCUCUCUGUCAAUAUUCGUACCGAGUCUCGUGAAGAUGCGCUACCCAUUGACAUGCAUGUCCUGGAACUUGGGCCUUCGGGCAAACUUUUCAAGAUUAUCCUCAAGGACACAGAGGGAUUAUCGGAGUAUUUAGAGCAGACCCCAACCGAAGAGCGGCUAAAUGUUGUAUACCUCUUACAAGACAUAUCGAUCGAUGCAUCGCCAAUAGUCAGCCGAUUGUUGGGUUGUAGCAUCGAUGUUUUUCGAGACCAUUUUAAGCGUGCCAGCGAUGACGUCGCCUUUAUGCUUCCGAGUGAAAGCUGCAAGCAGAACCAUGUGGUCAUACCCUAUCAACGUUGCUAUAGACGUAGCUCUGCGAAAUCUUCCUGCGAGAUCCAAAACAAAAGGAGUACAUUCUGCCAUGGUAAUUUGGUUUCCUCGGAAGAACACGUCACAAUAUGGAUGUCACAGACUAACCAAUACCAUUCCACCUCUUUGAUCAUCUGCGAUGCAGAACCCAAGCAAUGCGGUGAUCGCUUUGGCAUCUCCCAAACUAUGCGUUUAAAAAUCGAAAACAAACUCCAAGAAAAUUACCAAAAUUCAGCCAAUGAGUGGUAAAAAAAAAAACUUAAGCAUGAAAGCCUCAUGGAUAGCAUUGAGUACUGCUAGCAGUGAAUGGCAAACCGUCAUCCGCGAGCAGGAAGCAUACAUGCUCCCAGGUUUCAAACCUCAAUAUCUCGCCACUACUGAAGUAAGACUGUCGGAGAAAGAGUCAUUCGAGGAGUAUCUCAGACAGACAUGGAGUAUGCUAAAGAUGAAUCUCCGCGUCAUCGAUUCUCUGAGAAAAAGUCGAUUUUAUCACGGUGAACAAUAUUCUGGUGAAUACGAAGAUAGAUUGAAAGACUACCAAUUCCUUGAAAAUAAAGUCAUGAUUCAAAUGAAGCAAAACAGUGCCAGUAUACCAAUACUCACAGCAAUGAUAGCUGUUGAGGAGAGUAGAAAAGCAAUACAGCAAGCCAAUGACGUCAAGGCUUUGACAGUCCUUGCAACGGUGUACAUUCCAUUAUCAUUCGUUGCCGGCGUUUUUGGUAUGAAUGUGAAAGAGCUCAAUUCUGGAAUUGAUGUGGAUAUUUGGCUAUACUUUGCUAUCAGCAUACCUGUCACGAUAGCAUCAAUGGUCCUAUUAUGGAAAUGGGAAUGGCUGACAAGGACAGUCAAAAACUUUUCAAUCAGACCGAAUAAUAAUUAUAGUCCAAGAAACACCGUUUCAGAAGCUCUUUCCUCCAUGAUUUGGAAAAAUAAAUCAAUGGCACUUGGGCGUAGUUAGUUUUGGCACAGUCCCCAUCGCUCAGCUGCAUACGAAUCUCUUAUUUUCUUUUCAUUAUUGAAUGAUCUUUAUAUCGAAGUGUGGCCCUAUCCUACACCAGGGGCCUAUACCGAACUAGUUUACUUUCUGAAAAUCCAGUACAAGAUCAGGGUAUUAAUAUCAGAGUUACUACAGGCAGAGAGCAAUGUGCAGUCCUGUUCUGUGGGCGAAAAACGCAUGAGCUAAAGUACCACUGGAACGCUCGUAUAUGAAACGAGGCGGGAGGAAAGAGAGAUGUACUGUCAGCUUACUGUGGAUUAUAAAGAUAUUCCUUUUACUUCUGCUUCUUAUCCGUGUUGAAAAUACCAUCUCAUCUAUCUUUCAGUUCACAGGAUAUGAAAACAAUCAAUACAUUUCCACUCUCAUCGCA